AGAUUCUUGUAGAGGCAAGUAUACUUAACCUUAAGUGGAGGUACUCGAACGAAUGGUGACGCCACGUUCAGCGUAUUUUUACUACAUCUAAGCGCGCUGGUAUCUAUAAAUCAACAUGGUCGAUUACAAUUUCCACGAGUCCUCCCUGCUCGACGCUUGCUCGCUCGGCGAGUUAGAAGGGCGGCUGGAGCAGGAGGAGCGACUGAUCGAGGAAAAACAAAAUCUGCUUUCCGAAUACAAAAACGAGAAACAGACGCUACUGCAGGAGCGCAAAACGUUGAUGAAGCGGUUGAAGCGGCUGUAUAAGGAGUACCGGAAGUCGCACUUGCCGCUGUUCCAGCGACUCGAGGAGCAGCAGAAGUACGCGGUCGUUUUUGAACUCUUCAAUACAACUACGACCAACAGCAGCAAUGCUACUGGAGGCUCAUCAACUACUUUGUCGACGUCCAGCAGUAUAAUAUCUUCUACUACGCGGGGAGGGUCUACGUCUACUUCUGCCAAUCAAGCAGCAACACAAGAAGUGACCCACGUCGACGCAGCACCUCCGGGGGCGAAUCUUCAACAUGCGACGGGCACCUCCAAAGCCGGAACAGCCAACAGUAGGGCUUUUGUGGAUCUUCAACACGCAGCUCCUUCGGGUGGUUCUCUGCGAGACGACGAGCUGCAGUAUCAUGUGCUUCCGCUAUUGACCGGCACGAGCUCGAAGUCUUCGUCCAGCACGUCGCUUGCUCCAAGCCUGGCGAACAACAACUAUUCUGCCCCCGCCGCGCAAAGGCAAAACAGAAACAGCAGCGGACCACCAACGAGCAGUCGAUCGAAAUCGGACCUGCGCAAGCAGCUGUCCGAGCAACUGAAGGAGAUGGUCACCGGAUCUGUCGCGGAAGAAGACGAGGAGGUAUGCAUGGCAAAUUAUAAUAUGUCUGGGUCUGGAAACUUGUAAUGCCAAAAGUCAAUGAAUAAAUUCAAAUGCACACUGCACCGAAGCAUGACAACUUUUUUGGGCUUCUAUGUGAUAGCGGAUCCCGCACGUCCCAGCGUACUAUUGAUGGCAGGUUGCAACGUUUUCGCAUGACAGGUAUCAAGUAGAGGCUCGCUUCCUGUGCUCUCGCAUCACAAAAUUUAGAGUCAUUUCUUGAGGAGACGGGAAGCAUAACAGUAACGUGUACUCUUCCAGAGCCAGUCAGACAUAAUUGCCGUGGAUAGGAGGCUGUGCGCAACCAAAUCAACAACGCAGACGAUAUUCCGGUACAACAUGCGGUGCAUAGCAGGAUUGUUGGCGAAGAAGUAGUAUGAAAUGCAAAAGCAUCGUACUAGUACUAGACUACUACGCCGGCGUCCAGGACGCCGGCGAUAGGUCGUCUAGUAAAUCUAAACGCAAAUAAGAAACAGGAAAAGACUUAGCGAGUCGAGAGAGUCCUACUAGUGGAAAUCUGCUAGCGGAAGCGCGGCCACUAUUCGAAACCCUCCGGGCGGUUUUAGCAUGACAAAGAAAACGGGCCCGCGCUUGCUACACUAGCAGCGGCCCACAUUAGUCGACGCGCCCGCUCUUGCUCCCGGGGCUUCUAGCUCGCCCGCGCGCCCCCGCCCGGCCGCGGGCCCUGGCCUGAUCCCCCUCUCUUGGGCUGCCUGAGUUCUAAUCUCUAGAAAGGGGGGGCCACCUGGAGAUAUAUCCCCAGAUAUAUCCCCAGAUAUAUCCGCAGAUAUAUGUAUAUCCCCAAGCGUCCGACCGGAUGGCGUUCGUUGGGGUGGCGGGCUCGCUCGCUCUGCCGGGGCGGGAGCGCUCUUGCACCGCCCCCCCCUACCCCCCCCCCAAAGGCGCAGGUGCCGGAGAGUAGCCAGAAUAGGGAUGCCAAACACCGGCCCGGCGAAUUUGUUGCGGCUCCUCCAGGCGAGGGCGAUUGCGCGCUAGCCUGCCAAAGGCUCGGGAAUCCUUGGUCUGCGAUGCAGGUUGCACCCCCAAGCGCAGACUGCAAAAGCUGGCAGCGCAGGCUGCAAGGGUUUGCAGCGCCUUUUCCGCUUGCGUUGCAGAUUGCAACUUCCAGAUCAGGCUGUCGCGUGCGGCGCAGGUUGCAGCCUGUGGCCCGGGCUGCCGCUUGCAUCGUUGCCAGCCCUCGGUCGCCCACGUUGUAGACGGCCACUGGCGUCGCAACUUGUAGUCUGUCCCAGCUGGCGCGUCGGCCUGUGUUGCAGGUAGCCGCCGCCUCCUGCAUCAAUAGCGCCAGCAUGCACCGCAAAAGGUUGCAGACCGAAUUGCAAGAAAGGCACAGCCUGCAACACUUGCAGUGCGGAAAUCGCAGCGCAGGCGUCAGCCUGCUUUGAAAGCUGCAGCCUUUAGUGCAAGUUGCCGCCUGCGUCGCGAGUUGCAGCUGCCCGCAUUGCAAAAAAGCGCCCGGCUGUUAGCAGUGCUACAAGGUAACGAAGCCGCACUUGUAACAUACCCAGGGGCCGCCCGCGAGGAGGACGCUCGCACAUGCAGAGCUUUUGGUCCCCACGAUGCCGCUCUUUUUCUUACAGGCGUUCGCUUAGAAGAUUCCUCUAGGAGCUCUCUUUGGCGAAGCUUCUAGAGAAAGCUUCUAGAAAGUGAUCUCCCUACUAAUCAUUUUUUAAGAGCGGCCCUAUAAUCUAUAAGGCCGAAAAUUCCGAGCAAAAAAACUCUAUUGUUAUUUUAUAAAUCGCAUGACAAAUCUCCUCAGCAUGAGAAAUAGAAUUUGUAAUGCGGAUUCAACUUGAGAAAGAAAUUUGUAAUGCAUGAAUGCGAUUAGUACGACUACGAUACUUUUGCACAGGAUAAGUAGAGUGUCUUCAAGCUUCGACUUCGGGCGUGGGCCGCUCCGAGAAAAAUCACGAGAAAGAUCUUUAUCCCGGUCUUGGAACCACAACUGUGCCGCGACGUGCAGCCGACGAGAGUGUACCAACCAGCGACAAAGGUCUUGCGGUACUCGAGGCAGGCGGUGCCGACAGUUCCAGUACGAAAACCAGCAUCAACUUGCAGCUGCAGAGCGUGAAGAGCGGCGAGCGGCGCUUUUCCCAGGAUGAUUCCGUCGCCUCUUCGGCUUCGCCAAGGUGGAAUUAUGGUACAACUCCUGCAAUAAAAAGCAGUUGUUCCAGCGUCGGGGGCCUGGGCCUGCAACAGGCUGGGCCGAGCAGCCCACUGAAGAAUCACCCUCAAGAACAAGCAGCAGAAGAAGGGCAGCAGGAUGUUGUUGAACACGAUGCGCCGGCGCAACAAGCAUUACAGCUAAUAGACGAGCAUGAGAUAAAGAACAGAACAAACACUAACAUGCAAGAAUCUCCGCGCGCCGGCGUCAAGAACACAGAGGACCCUCAGGUGGUCGUAACUUCGUCCCGUGGAGGCGGGCCUCGUCAAGAAAAGCAGCCCCAAAUAACGACAUCCACCAAAAUGCUCCACCUUCGGCGGUCCAGCGUGCAGGAAAAGUGGGGCUUCACGUACGACAGAGAAAUGUUUCACAAGGGCGAAUAUCAACUGCAAAUGUGUCUGGGUCUGGAAGGAUGCAAGGUUUGCCAUGCUUGUUUAGCAUGCCUGAAGAGUUUGUGAUGCGCCGUGUCCAAGAAAAGACCCUCUUGCUUGUCAUGCAAAACGCAGCUUGUCACGCGGAAAGCGCAACACUAAGCCGCGCAAAUAUGUCUCAUGCUUGACUGUGCAUUGCAGAGAAUUGGAAUUCACUAUUCACAACUCAGCAUUACAAGUUUCCAGACAUCCAGGGAUAUUUGCAUUUGAUAGCGGACGCUGGAUCACGAAGCUGGUGCCGAACUCGCCGUCCUGGAUCUACAAGAAUGACAUCCCACCAAACUCGAAGAUCCUGACGGUGAACGGCUGCGCUAAGAAUGAGGGGAUCAAGGGAGAGCUAGCGAAUGCGCUGGACAUCAAGGUUGAGAUUUUGAUAACAAGAACCCCGGCGCCGGAGACGACGACGAGGACCUUGUUGCCACCUCCAGCUGCGGCGGCAGGAGAGGACCAAAAAGUAGAACCGCAUUUGGAAGUAAUAGACUUCGGCUCUUCCUCUGUGUCUAUGUCCAAGUUGCAGCAGACCACAGCCCUGCAGGUGUUGCAGCAGCAAAUAACCUCCGCGGAAGAGACUACCACGAAAUCGACCGUGAAUCAGGAUUAUGAAUUGCAGAAGCAUCGUACUCGUAUUAUAAAUGCACUACAAAUUUCCUCAGCAUGAGAACUAAAAUUUGUAAUGCGGAUUUACCUAUGAGAAAAUGACUUGUAAUGCACGACUGCAAUUACUACGAGUGCGAUGCUUUUGCAAUGCAUAAGGAUCAGAUCAACGGCGACGACAGUCCGGUGGAUGCGCCGGUGACUGUAUGACAAUGCACUACUCCCCCUCCCCCUCAUUUGUAUAGCAUGAGCGGCAAUACAAACACCCGCACACGUGGAGCCUAUGCAUGACAAAUUUGAUGUGUGCCUCAUGUAGUACUGUUUGGGCUUCUGGAAUUUGUCAUGCAGACAGCGCGACAAGGCGAAGGCAGCGACUCACUGGAUUGGGGGUUUUGCAUGACAAAUGAGCGCGAGGGGGAGUUGUACACUGGGAUAGACUGCUAACGCAGGAGUUCUUCUCGUGCCUCCUUCGGAUGUUGGUGAGAAUGAGGACCGUUUUACGAAUAUUUCUCCUGCUUCUUCAAAACUGGACCGACUAGAGCAGGAGCAGUCUGCGGCCGCAAGGGUCGACUUCGAAGGAGGUGCUGGGGCGCGGGAGGACGAAGUACUAGUUGCUCAGAGAGAUGAAGAGGACCAUCCUCACCUACUUCAAGGGGGAGGCGAUAGUACUAGCAAAAUCAUGCUGGAACAACAAGAAGCUCGCGAGGGCAAAAGACAGCAUGAGGCCGCUAGUAAUCUUCAACCGGUUCUCGACGUUCUUGCAUCAGCUGCGUUGGAAGAGGAGAAAAGACCCACCUCCGCUGUAGUACAGCAAGAAAUGCUCAGAGGAGCAAAGACACAGCACGGAAGCAAGAACGCUGACACAGUACCUCCAGCCACGUUGUUGUCACCCAACGUCACGACUUCACCGCCCGCUACAGAAGUCGGAAAAAUUGUGACGGAAAUACAUAAGCCAAAUUACCACGCCAACCACCUCAAAGAUGCAAAUGCCACGUCGAGUUCAUCGUCCUCCUCUUCGACUUUCGCCGCGCCUCCGUACAAGUAUGACAGUGCACAACUCCACCCCGUCCCCCUCAUUUGUGAUGCAAAAUCCCAAGAAAUCCAGCUGCUGCCUUGUAGCACUGUUUGCAUUGUGACAAAUAAUUCUGGAAGCCCCAACAGCACUACAGUCCGUGCAUAAACUUGCCAUGCACAGCAUACACGUGUGCUGGUGUUUGUAAUUGCAGUUCAUGCCAUACAAAUGAGGGGGACCGCGGGGAGUUGUGCACUCUCAUAACAAGUCAAAGUCUCCGGCGCGCGGGUCCCCGGUCAUGUUGGCGUCGCGCAGCCCCAAUCGCAGCAGUGUGGGCUUGGCAAACUUAGCGACGUGGGCGACGGCUGGUACCACUAGAUGUAUCAUCACGUCGUCCAAAACUUAUGAAUGUUUUUAUGACAGAAGAUGAGGCACCAUGAGAGUAAUUUAUUUUUUCCUGACCUGGAUUAGUACAACCUACUAGUAGAAGGUUGUAGUAAGUAAUUUAUUUUUUCCUGGACCUGGAUGCAAAACCAGAUCCAUCGAACAUUGCAACAUGCAAAUUGUAGUAGUUCUGUCAAGUUACUGAGCCCUGAACUUAUCAGGUUCUACCUCCGCCGUCUCCCUCCUGGAGGACAUUGAUCUGGCGAACAACUUAUCAGGUGCAAAUAUGUCUGGGUCUGGAAGAGUGUAUCUUUGUCAUGCUGGUCUGGCAUGACUGUUAAACCUGUCAUGCGCGUUACCCAAGAGCCCUACUUUUCUGUCAUGCAGAAACGCGGUUUGUCAUGCAGAAUAAGAAACGCUAACAGCAACACCUCGAAGCUCAGAAACUUGAACUUGUCAUGCUGAGCCAGCACUUGUGGCUUCCUCAUGAUACGGUACCCAGCAUCACAAGUAGUUUCCAGACCCAGACACAUUUGCAAUGCAUACAACUCUGAGACAGCAGGUUCGUCUUCAGCGGAAGUAGAGAACUAUCAAAAACUUCUAAGCAUAGUUGCAAAUUCGCCUGGGUCGUCCCUGGAAAGUUGUGAUGAAAGGACGGGAUCAUGAAUAGUGAGGGCACUGUAAAAAUGCGCUGCCGCCCGCCAUGACAACAGUUUUUAUUCCGUGGCUCCGAGUUGCGCAUCUCCGCAUGAGAACUGCGCUUUUGCAUGACAGACAAGAAGAGCACUUCGCCUCCGACGCGGGCACGCAAUACAGAGUUCUCCAGAGUCAUGUUGCCAGACUACCAUGUAGUUGACAAAUCUCGCAAUCUUCGCAACGACCCAGAUGACAUUUUAGCAGUGGAUAAUUUCUGCCCGAGGAUUAUUUGCAGUUCCACCCUCCUCGGAGCGACAGUGCGAUGGAGGUUCAAAAUCAUGCCGGUCCUCGACAGAAGUCGGUCUUGCCGAUAGACCGAAGCUAUCAACUGCAAAUAUGUCUGGGUCUGGAAGUGUGAAACUUGUGACGCUGUCUGUGGACUCUAAAAAUAUCUGUGUUGCAUGAGGAACAAGAGGAGUCCAGUUCUUGGUACCCGGAGAGGGCAUUUCCUAUGCGUGAUAAGCAUCAAGACGGUCUUAAAAAAUCUGUUAUGCAAGGACCUGCAACACAGACGUCACGGGCCAUGCAAAAUGUGCAGGACAACCCUGGCAGUCUUCCAGACCCAGACGUUUUUGCAUUGCAUAGAAGCCGGUACGUGGCACCCUCGCCGGGGGAUCACCACGACGCCCAGUCUUCCCCUCUGAAUAUAUCCUGUGCAAAAGUAUCCUACUCGUAGUAAUUGCAUUUAUGCAUUACAAAUCCCUUUUUCAAGGUGAAAGAGCAUUACAAAUUUGAUUUGUAAUGCUGGGCUAAUUUGUAAUGCAAUUUAUUAUACUUGUACGAUGCUUUUGCAUUGCAUAGAAUGACGUGCGCAGCAAGGAAAGUUUGCUACCUAUCGAAGCGGACAUGAAGAUCGGGAAGAAAGGCGGGGAGGAACCUCCGGGUAAAAAAACUAUUUUAUCAAAGUGAAAAAAGCCCCCACGCCCACCCCAUCUCGGAAACGGAAGAUGCGCGAAUUUGUGAUGCUGUAUUUGAGUACACAAAUCGACUUGUAUUGCUAGAAGGCCAAGAGACGAAGCUGUGGCCCAAAUUGCAGGGAAUCUGUCAUGCUUUUUUCCACUUCCAGUUGCCUCCUGUCAUCCUGGAGCUGCAAGGCUUUCCCACGCUAGGCAGCACUACAGUCCGCAUCUUUUGCCUUCCAGCAUCACAAAACUGAUUUGUGGCCACAAAUCUGCAUCACAGAUUUCCGUUUUGAUAUGGGGAGGGGGCGUGUUUCACUGUAAUAUAUUUCAACAUCGGAAGCAGAAAUCACCAAAACGUACAAGGUAAACUUCAAGCGCAGGAAAAACAAAACCAUGAGUUUCGAUUCCUUCAUAUCCCACAGAAAAAGAAGGCAGGUCAUGUUUGUAAUGCAAAAAUAAAUACACAAAAAAAUCUGUCAUCGGCGAGCCCAUAGAAUGCUGUUUGGGUGGACACGCAAUACAGAUUUUUUUGUCUACUUAUUUUUGCAUUACAAACAUGACCUGCCUGGUGCUUUUUUCUGUCGGAUACUUCAAGAAGCAGUUGUAUGGCGGCGAUGAGCGCCAGUUGGAAGCAAUAAAGUCUGGCGGAGCUGUUGUAGCCCCGCCCGCAAGACCUACAUCAACGACGACUUCCAGCACCGCGGAAGCAGCGACAGACACAGCGCAAUCGGCGCUCUUCUCGAAUUAUAAACAGCGAGGGAAAGGACAAGGGCAAGGACCACAAGCAGGUCGUAGUAGUUUGAUACUGCAUGAUGACCAGGAACUGCGUCAUGAACAAAUGAGUACUAGUACCCGAGGACAGGAGGAAGAAGACGCUGCAACUAGUUCUACUCGUGCUGGUGGUGGGCCCCCGCUGUUUUUACCGGAGCCGGAAGUGGAGAUUUUGCAGAAACCCCUGGACUAUGCACUGCAAAAGUAUCGCACUCGUAUAAAUGCAUUACAAAUUUCCUCAGCAUGAGAAAUAAAAUAUUUGUAAUGCGGAUUUACCUUUAGAAAAAGAUUUCUAAUGCAUGACUCCAAUACGAGUGCGAUACUUUUGCACAGGAUAUGGACCCCUAUGAGGAGAAGCGGCGCAUGGCGGAGAAAUUUGCCAGCAACAUCCGAUAUGGAUUGCAAAAAUGUCUGGGUCUGGAAGGUUGCAACUUGUCAUGCUAAAUCCGAAUCAUGCAAAAAUGUGCCAAAUAAAGCUGUCCACUUUCGACCAAGUCGGUGUCGUGUGGCAGUUUCUCAUGUAGGAUAAGCAUGACAGAGACCUCAGCCGUACAGAGUCUGUCAUGCUAGGUCGUCCCGCAUUCCAGACCUCAAUGGUCAUGGAAAACAUGCGUGACAAGUUUACGCUCUUCCAGACCCAGACAUAUUUGCCAGCAACAUCCGAGUAACUACUUCAACCCCUACCCCGUCGUCUACCAGCUCCUCUUCCUUCCGACCGCCGCAGGCACCACGUUAUCCUGUGCAAAAGUGUCGUACUCGUACAAAUGCAAGUUUAGCAUCACAAAUCUUGUUUCCAAGGCAAAUCUGCAUUACAAAUUUUACUUCUCAUGCUGAGGAAAUUUGUAAUGCAUUUAUACGAGUGCGAUACUUUUACAAUGCAUACACGUGCUUAUGCGACAGCGAGAAGCUCGACCGGCGCUUCGCGAUCUUUCUUUGAAGAAGACGAAGGAGCAGGCACAGUAGUGGAGCGGGAUCAUGGAGGCGAAGAGCGAGAGUUGCCCCGGUUUCUGCAAUAUCAAAUGUAAAAAUGCCUGGGUCUGGAAGAGUGCAUGGUUGUCAUGCGUGUCUGGCAUGAUUCUCAAAUCUGUCAUGCACGUUACCCAAGAGCGCCACUUUUCUGUCAUGCAGAAACGCAGUUUGUCAUGGAGAAUAGGCAACACCUAGAAGCUUAGAAACUUGUCAUGCUGAGCCAGCACCUAUCUAUGGCCUCAUCAUGAUACGCCACCCAGCAUCACAAGUUUCCAGACCCAGACACUUUUGCAUUUCAUAUGCAAGCCAUGAACCGCAUCGACGAGAUUCUGUCCAACGAAACCACAAAACAUGACGAUCUCGGUAUCAAAUGUAAAAAUGUCUGGGUCUGGAAGAUUGCGAGAUUUGUCAUGCAGAUUUUCCAUGUCCCAUGAGGUCUGGAAUGCAGGUUUUAGCAUGACAGAGUCUGUGAGGUCCUUGCCAUGCCUAUCCCGCAUGAGAAACUCCCUCCCAACUUGGUCGAAAGUGGACAGCUUUUGGCACUCAUGCAACACAGAUGUUCGCAUUAUUCGGAUUUAGCAUGACAAGUUUUAAUUUUCCAGACCCAGACAUUUUUACAUUUGAUACUCGGCGCCGACCUACGAUUCUCGCACCACAACUCCGCGUCUAGUGUGGUUUCCAGCGUUUUAAACCCCUUUGACGACCAAGAUCUCGACAAGUUGCCCAUGACCUUCACCAGCACUUCUGCAACGCUGGGGGAUGCUAGUGGUUCUAAACCCAGGAAUAGCACCAAGCAAUUUCUGGGCGACUACGGCAGCGACGCGUACUUUGCAGGUGACAGCAAAUUCCCGAAUAUAAUUACGUCCUUAUCCUCCACGACCCCCUUUCCCGCAUCAUCUGCAGCAAGCCCGGCACUACAACUGGCCCCUCUCAAGAACGACCCAGUUGCCGUCGAGAUUGAGUAUGGGGUGCGGUUGGUUCCGGAAAAAAGCAAAACUACUACAGACGUUGAGGGGCGGAACUACAUCAAGCGCAGUAGUAGACAGGAGAAGGAGGAUGGUGAUGGUGGUGCUGAAGAUUUCGAUGGCAACAAGAACAACAAGCGGAUGUUGGAAAAUAAACCUACAUCAUCUAGAAGGUACGGAGGUGCGGAACAAGACAUCACAACUCACUACACGAUGGAGCAAGAACAUCCUGGCUCCACAACGACACAAGGCCAUCUUCAAGGUGCGCAGUCUGAAAUUUCUUCGAAGAAGUCCGUGGGAACGCACAAUCAGGACAGCACCCUGCACACGGAAACCGAAGCAGCAGGUGGAGUUGUGCAGCUUACAAGCUCCAACGGCGCCGGGGCACCAGACCACCACCCAGAGGACGCAGAGAUGAACGCAGACAUCGCUUCUAACGGACAGGUACGCCUAAAUGGAUGUCAACAGGACGUCGAAGAAGCUGUUGAGCAGACGAGCGAAGAACAAGAAAUACGAACAAGAACGCGUCGCAACGCAAGCAACGACAACACGUCCACCUUGAAAAGCGCAACAAUACCAAAGAAGCAGGAGGAAGAAACGCCUCUAGAUGUUGACGACGUUGACCAGUCCUCGCGGAGCGUCGAGCACGUUCUUGUGCUUGGUGGCGAGAAGGAUGACAAAAAGGAGCACAGAAGUCGUGAUGAUCAUUUUCUCAGUCGACUAAAUGUAGGGGACUAUCAAGAUGCAAGCACUACUACACAACUCCGCGCGCCAGCAAACGACUUCUCAGGAGGACGAAAGAACAUGGCUGUAAUCAGUCGGGGGAACGAUCGCGACGACGAAGAGGAGGAGGAGGACAUCGUGAUAGCUAGGCCGGUAUCAAAUGCAAAAAUGUCUGGGUCCUCUGGAAGAGUGUAGACUUGUCGUGCAGAUUUUCCAUGACCCAUGAGGGCUGGAAUGCGGGAUUUAGCCUGACAGACAUUCUGUGAGAUCCCUAUCAUGCCUAUCCUGCAUGAGAAACUCCCUUCCAACUUGGUCAAAGGUGGACAGCUUUUGGCACUCAUGCAACACAAAUUUUUGCAUGCUUCAGAUUUACCAUGACAAGUUGCCACCUUCCAGACCCAGACAUAUUUGCAUUUCAUAGCCGGAGUCCGCUGCAACGGAGAUUUUUCAACACCAGUAUGAGAUUGAUAAAAUAUUCAUUUCAAAAAUAUUCAUAGUGCAAAAAAAAAAAUUUUUUGACCGAAAAUUGCACUGCAUUAGCUGAUGUACCUUUUGCAUGAUCAAAUUGGUGCAUUUUGUGUAUGUAUUUCAACUAGAAUAGCCAGGAACGUACUUAGAUUGAACUACUUUAUCUCUAUGCUAAAGUAUUGGGCUUCUGUAUCUUCUUCCAGCUAGUUAAUUAAGAAAUACUAUCCAAGAACCUUCAAAAAAGAUCAUCGACUAAGAGAGAGAUCGAAGAACUGUCGAUGAUCCUUUAGAUAUAGUAGCAGCUGCAGCAGCUGCUGUCCUCCGGUAGCCGGCCUUCCGCAAACGACCGUCGAGCCUGGAGAGCUCCUACUCCGUCGCGAUGUAGGCGUGCGGAUUCGCCCGAAUCCGCACGCCUACAUCGCGACGGAGUAGGAGCUCUCCAGGCUCGACGGUCGUUUCCGGUAGAUCGGCAGUGGAGCGGCAGCAGCAGCUGCAGCUACUUACUAUUACAAAAGGAUCUUCGAAUGUCUUCGUUCACUCACUCAGACGAUGAUCUUUUUGGCAUGUAUUUCUUUAGUAUUUAUUAAGUAGCUAGCUGGAAGAAGAUACCAAAGCCCAAUACUAUAGCAUAGGUCUUAAGUAGUAUAAUCUAAGAACGUUCCUGGCUAUCUAGUUUAAAUUACAUGUAUAGAAUGCACCAACUUGUUCAUGCAGAAACCACCUCGCCUCCUAUAGGGCAAUUUUCGGUCAAAAAUUUUUUUUUUUUGCACUAUGAAUAUUUUUGAAAUGAAUAUUUUAUCAAUCUCAUAACCAGAGGUACGUAAUUACACAUGAUGUUUUUGACCACAACUGUGCCAAUUGAAUUGGCACCUGAUGAAUGUUUUUUACACAUGAUGUUUUUGACCACAACAUCAACAUCCUUGCAACCGAAUUGAAUUCGGUUGCAAGGAUGUUGAUGUUGAGUCUGUCAUCGAUGAGAUUUUUUUACUAUGCCGUUUUGGAAAGAAGAAAAACAAGAACAUCACAACGUUCGUAUUUAUGCCGGCGCAGGGACCAUCUUCAUGAUGUAGAUGUUGAACAUUCAUAAACGAUCGAUGCAUGUUGACGACCGAAAAAACGAGAUGUUGGCAAUAAAAAAUAAUAUUAAAACUUCUUCGUCAACAUCAUGCGACAGCUCUGGCUCCUCCUAUCCGCAGUAAAAUUACAACCUCACACGACGGCACAAAAAUGCUAUACACAAUUGCAUGACAAAGUAUACGUAAUUGCAUGACAAAGGCACGAACACUUGUGGUCGCUAGCAUCGACGAUAGAGAUGCACAUCAAAGCGGAAUCAACACUCCUUACGCUUGCUGCUCACCAGGGGUAGUAGUUGACUAAAUUUUCCGAAUCGCGUUUUGACUUGCGCCUGCGCCGGUGAUGAAGUUUCACUGCAUAUUAUCCUGAGUAAAAACGUACCCACACCAGAAUCAGGAUGGGGAUUUUGCAACACAAACCUAGGAGUUUUGUGAGUCACGCGUGACAAGUUGCACUCUGCAGUGUAGUGCAGGUUAGCAAGUGCAGCCGCGUCACAGAUUCAUCUGCUCAUCCUGUUCACAGCAUCACAAAUUCCAAAACACGAUUGGAAAUGGCUCUCAUGCGGAUGCGCAUUACAAGUCUUCCUGUCUUUGCAAAUCUGCAUUACAACUCUGGUGUGGGUACGUUUUUACUCAGGAUACAUAUUACCCCGCCGCCCACUUGUUCUCCGACUCCCGUUAAUAAUGGAAGCAUUCCACCAGGAAACAGUCGCAUGCUGCGGCCGCAAGACGAGGCAAGUAGUGACGACGAAGGGGGUAGGUUCGACGGACUAUCACAGGAAAAAAUUGUUACAGUUAAUACACAUUUGUUGUGAUUUCAGCAUCACAAAUUUGCUCUGCAUGGCAAAGAAAACUUGUAAUGCGCAAGCUAUAAUAAGGGAAAACACGAAUGGGAAUGAAAUGACGCUGGCAAGCGUUUCCUGCAUGACAGAGGUUGUUUGUCUUGCUUGUCUUGCAUGAGAGUGUGUAAAAACUGUAUAACACUUUUUUCUCACGAUACGGACGCGACCGGAACCACUACCGAGGCUCGACCUCUACUUUCGGUACAAACGACAACCCCUUCGCUUGAUGAAGCUCGGGCUUGCCAUCUUCAACCUACCGCUCUAGCGCUUGCCGAUGAUAGACUUUGUGUCUGCGGACCCGGACGCGUCGUGAAAGCACGAGACCACAUGUUUUCAUCGAUACAGUCGUGACAAAAAAACCGGUAUUAGACUCAGAAGGUAAAAGCCGCUCAACAUGCAAAAAGUAGUCAAUAAAAGCGCUACGACGACUCAGAAACCUAGACGAGCGAGGAGGUUUGUUGAUGAUAACCAGGAGGAGCGGCGGUUGCUAGCUGUUCGUUGCAACAACUGUAAAUAAAUUCUACUGCUUAUUGAUA